UAGUUUAGUGUAGAGGCUUCCAGUGUGUUGAUCUACGUCUUCUAUUUAAAAAAAAUUAACUGAACAAUUAAAAAAAAAACGGAAAAAUAAACUUCGUAAUUUACAGUUUCAUUGAAAUUGAAAAUUCGCAUUUUUUUAUCGAGUUGUGGCGGCUAACACAGCCAUUAUUUAUGUGUAAUAAAAAUUAAGUGUUCGUGUUACAUCAACAAAUUGAUUGAUAAUUUCAAUUCGUGCUCAAUACUUAUAUUCGAUUUGCAUAGCAGUACAUGCCAUUUCGUCAUAAUAUAUCAACAGCCUUAGCUAUUAUAUUUCAACGCAGAUAAAUUGUUGUUCAGAAAUCAGACCAGUGUGUUCCAGUGAAUUUCAGACACAUAAUACACAUACAGCUACAACAUCGCUAUGUCGAAUUAUCUUAUCAGUAAAGAAUUACCUGAUAUUGAGAAUCUGUUGGCUCUAAAUCCUCGAGUACAAACUAAAGGGUCGUUGGUGCCAUCAAUUGUUACCAAAGAGAAUAAGAAAUUUUGGAAACGAAAUGCAGACAAAUCAUGUCAGUCAUGUACGCCACUGAAAAACGACUUUUCCGAUAUAAAACACACGACCUUAUCGGAACGUGGUGCCCUAAAAGAAGCCAAUCGAUGUUUGAAGUGUGCUGAUGCCCCAUGCCAGAAAUCGUGUCCCACUCAGUUGGACGUUAAAAGUUUCAUCACCAGCAUUGCAAACAAAAAUUACUAUGGCGCUGCAAAGGCCAUUUUCUCCGACAAUCCAUUAGGUCUUACUUGUGGCAUGGUUUGCCCGACUAGUGAUUUGUGCGUUGGCGGAUGUAAUUUGCAAGCGUCUGAAGAGGGUGCCAUAAACAUUGGCGGACUGCAGCAGUAUGCUACUGAGGUUUUCAAGCAAAUGGGAGUGAAACAGAUUGUGCCACCGAAUCAGAAACCACUAGCCAAUCCGAACAAAAAAAUUGCCUUACUGGGUGGUGGUCCUGCAUCAUUGUCAUGUGCAACGUUUCUCGCUCGUUUCGGCUACAAGGACAUUACAAUUUACGAAAAAAGGAACUACUUCGGCGGUUUGAGCUCGUCGGAGAUUCCAGAAUUUCGGCUUCCAUUCGAAGUAGUCAAUUUUGAGAUUGAUCUGGUGAAAGAUCUUGGCGUAAAAUUUGAAACCGGACGCAGUUUAUCCAAGACUGACCUGACGAUAAACAGUCUACUGAAAAAUGGACAUGACGCUAUCUUUCUUGGCAUUGGACUACCAGAACCAACCAUUGCUCCAAUAUUCAAAGGCUUAGGUCAACAAAAUGGUUUCUUUACAUCGAAAGACUUUCUGCCAAUGGUGUCGAGCGGCAGUAAACCUGGAUUGUGUGCGUGUAAAGCUUCUGCUCCGCAAUUACCGUCACUGCAUGGAAAUGUUAUUGUACUGGGUGCUGGUGAUACAGCAUUCGAUUGUGCUACAUCGGCUUUACGGUGCGGUGCAAGGAAAGUGUUUGUCGUAUUUAGGAAAGGCAGUUCUAAUAUUCGUGCCGUUCCCGAAGAGGUGGAACUUGCCAGAGAAGAGAAGUGUGAGUUUAUUCCGUUUAUGUCACCGACCAAGGUUAUCCUGAAGGAGAAUCGGAUAGCGUAUGUUGAGUUCUGCCGUACGGAAGAGACAGAGUCCGGAAAAUGGAUAGAAGAUACCGAACAAACGACUAAGUUGAAAGCAAAUUUUGUGAUCUCAGCAUUUGGAUCCCGUUUAAGUGAUAAAGACAUCAUCGAUGCCCUAUCACCUGUGCCACUGGACUCAUACAAUUUGCCGAAAAUCAAUAGUAAAACCCAACAGACCGAACUGAGUCAAGUAUUUUGUGGUGGAGAUUUAGCGGGAGUGGCGGAUACUACUGUCGAAUCGGUCAAUGAUGGUAAAACUGCCGCUUGGUAUAUGCAUUGCUACCUACAGGGUCUAUCGUACGAACUGCCACCCGAAAUGCCAUUAUUCCACACUGAAAUCGAUUCCGUUGACAUAUCGGUGGAGCUGUGCGGAAUUAAAUUUGAAAAUCCAUUCGGAUUGGCAUCGGCACCACCGACUACAUCUGCUGCGAUGAUACGCCGUGCCUUCGAACAAGGUUGGGGAUUUGCCGUUACUAAAACGUUUGGCCUCGACAAGUUCAUGGUCACAAACGUAUCGCCCCGAAUCGUGAGAGGAGUCACUUCCGGUCCGAAUUAUGGACCACAACAGGGUGCAUUUUUGAACAUUGAACUCAUAUCGGAAAAGUGUUGUGAUUAUUGGCUGACUAGCAUUGCCGAAUUGCGUAGGGAUUUCCCAACGAAGGUCAUUAUAGCGAGCAUAAUGUGCACUUAUGACAAAGACGAUUGGGUUGAGUUAUCAACAAAAGCUCAAAAGGCUGGCGCACAUGCAUUGGAACUGAAUUUGUCGUGUCCGCAUGGUAUGGGAGAGUCUGGUAUGGGAUUGGCUUGUGGUCAGGAUCCGGUUCUUGUUAAAAAUAUCUCGUUAUGGGUCCGGGAAGCCGUUCAAAUUCCAUUUUUCGUUAAGUUAACACCAAAUAUAACGGAAAUCGUUACAAUCGCCAAAGCUGCUUACGAAGGAAAGGCUGACGGUGUUUCGGCAAUUAAUACCGUUCAAGGAUUGAUGUCGUUACGUUCAGACGGCACGCCAUGGCCGGCAGUUGGAGCGGAUAAACGAACAACGUACGGUGGUGUUUCCGGCAACGCAACCAGACCGCAAGCAUUGAAAGCCAUUUCGUCGGUAGCUAAUAAAAUUCCAGGCUUCCCGAUUCUUGGUAUCGGAGGCAUUGAUUCCGCCGAAAGUGCCCUACAAUUUUUGCAAUGUGGUGCUACCGUUCUACAGGUUUGCUCGGCCGUGCAAAACCAAGAUUUCACUCUCAUCCAGGACUACUGUAACGGGUUGAAAGCUCUUUUAUAUCUGAAAGCAAAUCCACCACCAUACAAUCCACACCUUUGGGAUGGUCAAUCGCCUCCAAUAGGAAAAAUUCAAAGGGGAAAACCGGUGGUUCAACUGAAAGACGAUGAUGGAAAGCCGAUUCUACAUUUUGGUAAAUUCAAAGAGAAACGCGAUGAAAUUACGUCGCAAAUGCUGACUGCUGAGGGACCGAUGUGGAACAAAAACAACAUUACCAAUGGAACGUUGAACGGGAACUCGAAACCGGCUCCAUCCGUUAAGGAUAUCAUUGGAUUGUCACUUCCGCACAUUGGUACCUAUAAAAAUUUGGACAAUGAAAAGCAAGUGGUCGCUCUUAUUGAUGAUGAUCUGUGUAUCAAUUGCGGAAAAUGUUACAUGGCAUGCGCUGAUUCCGGCUAUCAAGCGAUUACAUUUGACGCCCAGACUCAUCUGCCACAUAUAACCGACGACUGUACCGGAUGCAAUUUGUGCUUGUCGGUGUGUCCGAUCAUCGAUUGUAUAAGCAUGGUACCAAAGACAAUUCCGCAUGUAAUUAAGCGAGGCAUUAAACCGGUGCACGCUUUGUGUCAAUGAAAAGUUUUGUUUUGUCGAUUUUUCUUAUUGAAAAUGCCGUAAAGCAUUCGUGCCCAUCGUGGCAUUCAUUUUUCGAUUAAUAAAUUUGAUUUUGGAUUA